AUGCUAACAGCCUGUCAGGUGCCAGUGGUGCAACAUGGAUAUGAGAACUCGAAACUUCAGUUGUGCAAAAACAGUACUGAUGUACGAGUAAGUGAUCGCCUCUAUUUCGAUGGUCCAUUGGGCAGCUUAGCCAUUGAAGAAGAUGGUACAGACAUUGCUAAAUCACUUACCAUCAUCAAACGGGCACAAGUAAGCAUGUGGGGACACUGUGCCUGUGACUACAUCCAUUCUGACGACAGUUCUUUUGUUUGA